CUGUUCGCUGCUGAGCAGGGAUCGUAAAAUUGAAACACAUGAACUUACUGGAUUUCGCUGAUAUUUAUCGAAGUUUAGUUUACCUUUGCUUACUUUAUUGAGCUUCAGAGUGUGCAAAGAUCAAUAGUUAAGUGCCUUUAAUCCAUAAUAAGGCGCCGCUGCAGCAAAAAAGAGCUUUUCCUAUGCUAAAACUUUUAAAAGCAACUAUGGUUAGAAUACACAGAAUUUUAGUAUUUAAGAAAUACUAUGCAUAUGAUAAAACCAGUUUCUUGCAAAGGUGUAUCAUAAAACGGAAUAGUUGUUCAGAAUCGGUUAAUAAGGUCACAAUCGACAAGGAUAAAAUUCGUAAUUUCAGUAUAGUGGCACAUGUUGACCAUGGUAAAAGCACCUUAGCGGACAGAUUACUUGAACUAACUGGUGUCAUAAAACCUGGCACAGAACAAACCCAAGUUCUUGACCAGCUGCAGGUUGAAAGAGAGAGAGGUAUUACAGUGAAGGCUGUAACAGCAUCAUUAAACUACACAUAUGAAAAUAAAACUUAUUUAUUAAAUUUAAUAGAUACACCAGGACAUGUGGACUUUUCUAAUGAGGUAGUUCGUAGUGUAACAGCAUGUCAAGGCGUAAUACUACUAGUCGAUGCUAAUGAAGGUGUACAAGCUCAAACAGUUGCGGUACAUUCUUUAGCCAAAAGAAAUAACAUGACCAUAAUACCCACACUGAAUAAAAUUGACUUACCCAGGGCAGAUCCUGACAAAGUUAAAACACAAUUGAAAUCAUUGUUUAAUUUUGAUCCCGAAACAGUCAUGAGCAUAUCAGCCAAGAAAGGCUGGGGCGUAAAGGAAUUAUUAGAAGCAAUAAUAAAGAGGAUACCACCUCCUCCCGUAAGCUCCGAUGGUCAUUUUAGGGCGCACAUUAUAGACACAUGGCAUGAUAAGUAUAGGGGUGUACUAUGCCUAGCAUAUAUUCAUUCAGGAAAGAUACAAAUCGGACAAGCAGUAAAAUGGUUGUCAGAAACUAAACAACAAACAGUAAAAUCCUUGGCACUGUUGAGACCAAAAGAAGAACCCAUUGAUGAAGCAACUGCUGGUCAAGUUGUAAUGGUGGGUUGUGGACCCAAGGGUGGUGGCAGUGUUGGUGAUCAGUUACUGUCAACAGAUUACCCUUUAAAAGAAAUAAGUACUAGCACUAAUCAUGUUAAGCAUAUGGUGUAUGCCGGUAUCUUUCCUGCAGAUCAGUCACAACACACCCUUCUCAGUGACGCCAUCAAGAAACUGGCUUUGAAUGAUUCAGCUGUCUCUAUGCACCCAGAUUCCAGCCCGGCUUUAGGACAAGGUUGGAGAGUUGGCUUCUUGGGGCUUCUACAUCUUGAUGUAUUCACCCAACGUCUUCUACAGGAGUACAAAGCUGAAGCCAUAUUGACGGCCCCUUCAGUCCCUUAUAAAGUAAAAGUGAAAGGUGCUAAAAUUAUCAAACAAUAUAAAGGAGAUGAAGUUAUUAUCACAAACCCAUUACUACUGCCAGAUCCGAAUAACAUUGAGGAGUAUUAUGAACCUUUCGUAAUAGGUACAAUAAUAACGCCCGUCGAAUACAUAGGCCCAGUAACAACACUAUGCCUGGACCGGCGAGGCUCUCCCCUACCAACCAGUGCAGUAGAUGACAAAAAUACGUUGAUGCAAUUCAUACUGCCUUUGUCGGAAAUCGUGGUAGAUUUCCAUGAUACGCUUAAGAGUAUAACUUCAGGUUUCGCCAGCUUCGAUUACCAAGAUCACGGUUUCCACCCCAGUGCUCUAGCGAGGAUGGAUAUUUUAUUAAAUGGCGUACUUGUAGAAGAAUUGUCGACGAUAGUACACGUCAGUCGUUUGGAGUAUAAUGCGAGACGGCUGACAGAAAAACUCAAAGAAAUGAUCCCACGACAGAUGGUGCAGGUUGCUAUCCAAGCUGUGGUAGGCGGAAAAGUUUAUGCUAGAGAAACUUUAAAAGCUUACAGAAAAGAUGUCACUGCAAAAUUGUAUGGUGGCGACGUAACCAGACGAAAAAAAUUACUGAAGCAACAAGCCGAAGGGAAAAAGAAAAUGAGGAGCGUGGCUAACAUAAAAAUACCAAGGAAUACAUUUAUAGAUGUUCUAAAGAGAUAAAAAUUAAUAUAAAUUUCGUUAAACGAAUUUCUCUUUUAUUUUCGGAAAAUUCAUAAAGUGUUAUUACAGUUUAGAAUGUAUAAUACUAUUUACUAAAGUCUGGAAUACUUGUCGCAAGUAAAAACUUCAGCAAAUACCUCAAUAGGAACAAAGACACUGCCAGGAGGCUGUAUUUAAGUAUAUGUCCAGAAGUGUGCAAGAUUUAGCGGUGUUGGACACCUCACGCAACGCUACUCUAUGAAAUGUCAUGAAACAUCAUAAAGUCUUUCUUCUAUAGUGCGACAGAUUUUAUCACUAUACCGGCUUUAAUCUUCUUUAAAAAAAGCUGCCAGUGCGACGGACUCGCCCAUGAAGGGUUUCGUAGUAGCAAGUAACAUAAUAUAAAACCUGUCCCCCGCGCGCUCUGCAAUCGCUACCUAUCAAGCCACGCCCUAUUACUUUUUUUUUAAUUUAUUAUUAGAAAAUAAUGGUUCACA